AAUUACAAGCAUAGUUUACUUUCAUUCGUUUGCGUUUUGUGGGGUUUAUAUAGUUUGUUCUUGUGAUUAAAUUCUACAUCCGAACAUUAUUUCUUUAACUUAAGAUAAUGUAUACAGGUCAUUGCCAAUUUUUCUGUACAGUAUUAUUUCUACUUGAAUUUAAAACUCACUAUGGGAGUAUACUAUUCUGCAAACAACGAAAAGGACUUUAUUCAUAAUCGAAUUAUAAAAAGAAAAAUUAUUUCAACUAUUAACACAAGUAAACGCAAACACUGUGGACUACGGAAUUAUUCGUUCAAAUCCAAUCCUAAUAUUGUUAAGGUAAUCAAUAUUUCUUCGGAAGACAAAAAUAUUUUGAAUCCUAUGUAUGCACCUUCAGAAAGUAAAUCCAACGUAGAUUCACAGAUUUCCUUCAACUCUUCUAUAAAUUCAAGAGAAUGUGGUUCUCCUACUCUACCUAGAAGGAAAUCACCAACGUCAAUACAUGCGAAAAUCUUCAACAGUUGUGUUCCUCUUUCUGGACUACGUCGAUCACUAUCCCUACCAAAACAGAACAGUCUGGUAAAUAAACACCACUCUCCCGAAUUUCGAACAGGUAUGUCAGGCUCCAAGUGUCUUUCCAGGCACGAUUCAAAACGUUCAGCAACUACAGGAAACGCUUCACCAAUGGGUACCGGACUUUCACGUUCUCCUGGCAGUUGUAGCAGAGAGCCACUAUUAGAGUGGAGAUAUGACAAAUGUUGUAGUCAAUCCCCUCAGGAUAAACAGCGUUAUAAAGAGUUCGACUUCGGUCAAGACAACCUUAUGUUUGAAAACUGUUCGAAUUUUGGGGAUGAUCAAACAACGAAUUCAACCGUUCUUUCCAGUGACUAUAUGCAUUCUACAGAUGAUUCUUCAGUUUUCUGUGAUCCUUUGUUAGCUAAACUGGAAGCGGAAUUACCAGUACCUCCACCACCUCCACGAGCCUGCCCACCCUGGCUUAAAGCUGCUCUUGAAAAACAAGCAGCUUCUGCUAAAGGAACAGUACAAAAAUUAAAUGUUCAGGAUAGAAAUUGUGCCGUAUCGUCACUUCAACUACCUACAUCUCAGCUUUCCCCAACUCAUUCUGAAAUGGAUAAAGGCAAAGCACUUAGCCUAGAAAACAGUCGUUUCAAUGUUCGCAUUUAUCCAAUUAUACAGAAUGGCGUAAAAAUAAGUGACACACAUUACUGGCUUCUUGAUCCUCCUCGGUGUAAAACAUUACGUAAUGCCUCUACUCUUAUGCGAAGAACGACUGACUAUAUACGCGUUCCUCCAUCAUCACCAUUAGACACAUCUCCCACGGUUGAUGGAUAUACAAACAUCGAAUCAGCCGAAUUCUGUCCACCUGAAGAACUACCACUCAAAGAUAUUAAACUGAGACGUGGUAAAUCUGAGAUAUGUAAAGAUUCCCUCAAGCAUUUUCAUCAAGAAUUAAUUUUACGCCUGAUGAAACAAGUUCCACUAGCUACUGAAUCUGAAUGUCAAGCUGUACUGAUAGGUAGCAGUUAUGAUUAUGAUGAAGCAUCAAGACGUCUAAAGUUUGAAUUACUAUGCCGUAAAGGUUAUGUGUCUCGAUCACACAGUAAACGCUUACUAAAUAAAUGCAACUGGGAUUUAGAUGCAGCCAUUUCUCGAGCUCGCUAUGAUUAUGAGUGUCGUAAACUACGAUGUCGACAAGAAGAGGAAAUAUUAACUAAUCUGGACGAUAUGAAUUCAUCUAUCAAUCAGACUAGAAGUCGUAGUUCAUUUCUAGUACCACGUUCAACUUCAUCUGACUCAUCUUUAUCACCACUACCAUGUCCAGUUCAUCAUCAAUCAAUUAUUUCACCAUGGUGUGAUGAAAGUCGUAAAAGUAAUCCAUUUUGACUACAGAUAUAGCUAAACUUUUACCACGGAAUAUACCUCAAUGGGGAAGAGAUCAAAUAUACAUUAUUUUUUAUUGAUCUGACAGUGAAUUCUACUGUCUGACUAUUUCACGCACGCACAUAAACACACACAAAAUCACCGUCAUUUCAGAAUCGAGAGCAAAAGGUUGUAGAAUCCUUUUUAUACCAGAGUUCAUUUAUUCAGUAUCAAUAUGCUGCUGUGUUACCGGUGUGCUUGUCUAUCCAUCAAUCUUCUGUGUGUACGUUUGUAUGUGUCUAUUUUCAUCAGUUGAUUUCUUUCGAUUCACACUCAGACUUUUGUAUAAAUGUAAGCAUUUAUGAAUUAUAGUUCAUUAUUAAACGAAUAACCAACCUCUGAAGUCAAUUAAUAUUACCAUAAUACAGUGGGAAAUUAAACUUGUGAAGUUACCUUUUUAAUUGCUUCCUUCCUAGUUUGACACACAUACACACGAACACAGAGAUUAACAGUCAACUAUCUUAUAUGUAUAUAUAUACAUAAACAGUACUCACCUGUUUAUAAUGUCUUAGCAAUAAAUGUCUUCAUGCCAAGUCAUCUAGUCAAUUAGAGUAUACUUUCCUCCUUUGUGUUUUCAACCCCGAUGAAUCAUAGAUUCAUCUCUAUUCAUGUGUUUUAUUUGCUUUGUUUUCACCAGUCCACUUUGAUUUGACUAACCUCCCAAUUGCCAGUCAUUUCGUAUCUCUAACUUAUCGUUAUUUUGUUUCUCUUUGUUUUGCUUUUUUCCUUCUGUCUACUCACCUUAACCUUGGUUAUUAUUAUUAUUAUCGUGGUCAACUUUUGUGUGCGGGCAUACAUCAGUUGGUCAUUAACACAGCCAGAGGUAUUACAUGUGUUGUUACGAUCAUUUGCUGCUUCUACUACUACCAUUCUGGUGACUGGUCGGUUUAUGGUCAAUAUAAUGUCAUUCCUAUUGUGUUUCAUACUCCUUUUCAUCGCUAAAUUAAUUGAUUUAUCCUUCCACUCAACAAGAUUGUGCGUUUGUGUUCUGGCAUGUAUUUGUUUGUUUGUAUGUGUGUUGUGUGAGAAGGAUUGACAUGUCAAAUUAGCCACUUUGUAAACAAUACAAAGCGACACAAACCGUGUAUAUAUUGAUUUUCUGUCCCCUCCUUCUUCUCGCCGUUGAGUUGAUAAAGAACAUCUUUUUUUGCAUGGCACGAGGAAUAAACAACAGGAGAACAGAUUGAUUUAUUUGUACCUAUGUAUACAUGCAUAGUAAACCAGAUUUAGAUAGCUAUUUCAUGAUAGUGUCUUGUGAACAAUGCUGGGGUUGAUUUCUUCAGGGAUAUCGGAAUUGAGUCUUUCAAAGAAUUUCAUGAGUUACUAAACAGUUUUCUUUAAAAAAAAAACGACAAAGCGACAAGCAGGUGAAUAUUAAUGAUGGGUAAUGUCUGCUAGUGGAAUCCAGGUCACGCGUUUCGUCCUACUUGGGACUCGUCAGCUGAAUGUAACUACCUCCCAGUGAGUGAAGUUGUUCCCACUAAAACUCGGGUCCGGCAAUGAUCGCUUCAAACGCCAGGCCGUCGCGCACUAGGCCACUGAGUUAUAAUAGCCUCUGCUUAUACUAUGGGUUUGGUACAGUCUUGUGAAUCUCAGUCGGUGGCAGCAGUGAAUAAGAAGACAGGUUUCCUUAC